AUGACCACGCCCCGCUUUCUCCCGUCAUCGCCUCCAAGUCAAGCUAGGCCGGACUUGUACACAACACUGAUCUCCUCUUCUCCUGAUCUGCCUUCGAUUAAUGAGCUGGUCUCGCGCUAUGCGAAAAAGCCAAAGCCGCUUCAUUCUGGCAGCAGCGCCGCCUCGAUACCCGCAACUGUGACACCAACCUUCACCACUGCGGCGAAGCUGCUACAAUCAGCGCAAGCAGAACAAGCCGACACUCUUGAAACCCUGCCUCCGCCGAGGGUAAGAGCAAAAGCCAAGCCAAAACAAAGAGAUUCACCUGAGGUCGUUGAUCUCUCGGCAGAUCCCCCAGUCCAUGUAUUGGAACAUCAACCUGAGAAGCGAAAGGCUCGGAAAACUGCGAAUGGGGUGAACAAGAAAACAAGCGGGAGAAAAGAGGAGACGGUUGCAGAGGAUGCUGCUACUGGGGUCACAACGCCAACAAAAAGUCAGUCUUGGAAAGUUUUUAAAUCCCCUUCGCCAAGAACAACUGCCAAUCCUGAGAUUACUGGCGUUCAGGAAGUGGCCGAUACGACUGCACCUGCGGUAACAAGCGCUACGGAAUCAGCAAAGGUCACAGCUUCUGCCCCAAACAAAGUGACCAAGUCAAAAGUGCGGAAAACAUCAACAGCAGCCUCACGGAAAAAGAAAGCCGAGACUGUAAGUAAGCACUUUGCUGUACCUGAUGACGCGCCGACUGCGCCAGAACCCAUUACAGUCCCCGACGAUGCUCCCGAGGAGCAGCUAUUUACCCUGGAGCCGGCAGUCGCCAGGCGCUUGGAUUGGACACCCCCACGUGAGACUGAGACGGCGGGUCUUUGCCCUGCCUCAUCAAGCUCCAAGGAAGUCACCUCAACUUUGGACAGUACGCUUUCGGCCGCUCCGGCAGCUCUCCAGGACGUUUUCCUUACACUACAAGACAAGUUUGCCUAUCCCGUAGAACAGGUCACAAGACGAACAGAUUCUCCAAGCAGAGAACUCGCCCCACCGGUAGAAGUAAUCAAGAAACGAAAAGUGAUACAACUUGUCGGGCCUCCGAAUGAUAGUAAAAUCCACAACCAAACAUCUCCGGUCAAGUCAAAGGCACCAAAAAAGAAACCAAGGACCAUCACGGAUCUUGCGACAGCAGCAUACACAACUGAGGGCAAGCAGUCAAAUGCCCCAUCCAAAAGGGGAACCCUCACAAGUUAUCUUGAAGGGCAAGGGGAGCAAGUCUUUCAACAUUGUCAUCCAGACUCCAGGCUACGAAAUCCGGAAAGAAAAAGAAAGCCAAAAGGGCGUGGCCAGGUGCUCUUGUCUCCUUUGUCGGCAAUUGACCAAUCCGCACGGCAAGACUUUGUCUUUGGGACCUCCAGCCAAUUGGCCCAAGAGCAUUCGCCGACUUUUUUGAGAGACCUUCACGCUGCGCUCAAGCAGUCAAACGACUUGAGCGACGAUCCGUUCGCGAGUCCUAUAACAGCAGCGACAGAGGGUAGAAAACUGUGGAAUGCCGGAGCCCGUGGUGAAGAGGGCGAUCUUAUGAACAUCGAAGUCAUUGAUCUGGUCGACUCUCCCGCUUUCCCGGAUGAUCCCGACGCUAUAGUUCGUGCAGAGAUGCAGAAAAGCCCCAUCAGGUCUGAACCUAAGGGUGCCGAGAACAGACGAAUUUCAACGGUCAACCUCGAUCCCACUGAAAUUGACAUUUCAAAACCACAUGCUCCAGAUUUAGAAUCAACCAACUCAGCUGGGCACGCAUCAAAAACCCAGACCUCAAAAUCUAUACAUUUUGCGUGUAUAACACCACCCAUACCUGCUAAAAUUACAAUGGUUCCAACACGUGAAAACACUGCGGAAUCCUCUAUAGUCGCAUCAGAUGGUGAUUCAGACAAUGAACCUCCUCCAAGUAAUCAGCAGGCUUAUCAGAUACCCCCACCGCCUAGACCGUUCGUAACCGAAGAGACCGCUAUUCCUCGGCCCAAUUAUGAGGUUAUGACAGAUAUCCAAUUGUCAAAGCAGGUUUCCAACUACGGCUUCAAGUCAGUUAAGAAACGAUCCGCUAUGAUCGCGCUACUGAAUCAGUGCUGGGAGAGCAAAGCCGGGGCAACGGCUGCCGCAGGCCAAUCUAGUGCCCUUUCCACUACGAGCCAAACAUCGGCCGCUCGCGGGCCUCGCGGGAAGACAAGUACGGCUGCGGCUGCGGCAAAGUCGCCGACCAAAAGGCCUAGAGGCCGACCGAGAAAAAACAGCGCCGGAGCAUCUGGUGACAUAGCAGCAAUUGAAGCCACGACACCAGUCAAACGACCCCGUGGCAGACCCAAGAAGAACUCACAAGGGGAGUGUAGUCCGGAAAGAGUACAGAGCAUCUCGGCGUCUGUGCAACCCACGGGAGUUGCCGCUGUCCAAACGCCUCGGCGUCGUAAAAAGGCAGCAACGCAACCGAUGGUGGAGAUUCUGGAUUCGGAUGGCGAGGCUGGGCUUUCUCCUAGUCCAUCGUUGUCCCCGGAACCAGUGUUUUCUUCCCCAGAGAAGGGCGUCGACGUCUCGAUAGGAGAAGACACGACAAUGUCGCUGGCGGCUAACCCUACUGCCCAGCAGGCCGAGCUGUUCCUAUGCAUCACACGUGCGGUGAAGAGUGCACCACGGUCGACAGAUCCCGCGAAACCAUCAUGGCACGAAAAAAUGCUGAUGUAUGACCCAAUCGUUCUGGAGGAUCUGGCGGCGUGGCUAAACGCUGGGCAGUUGGACCGCGUAGGCUACGAUGGCGAGGUUGCGCCUACUGAUGUCAAGAUGUGGUGCGAAAGCAAGAGCAGGGCGGAACUUUGGCCUGAGGGCAAGAAACCAAGUUCCUGGCUCGAAUCCACGACGCUGACCGUUGAGGCCAGUAUUGUCCUGAUUUCACCUCAGAAUGAAGUGCUGCUGCUCAGGCGGACGGCAACGUCGAGUGCCUUUCCGGACGCAUAUGUUUUCCCCGGUGGCAAUCUAUCCAAAUUCCACGAGCCGGGGAUGACUACAGAAAUGGAAGGUGACUGUCCCGAAUUUCGCAUGGCAGCCAUCCGCGAAACAUUUGAGGAAAGCGGAAUUCUUCUAGCGGUGGACAACGCAAACCAAAAGCGGCUCCUUGAAUUAUCGGAUACGGACAGGGAGCUCGGCCGGAAGAAGGUGCACAGCAACGAAAUCAAGUUUGACGACUGGCUGGCUUCCACCGGCGGCGUCCCAGAUACGGGCAACCUAUUCGCUUGCACCCGCUGGAUCACGCCCAAGCCGAUGGCCAGGCGCUUCAACACGCAAAUGUACAUUUAUUUACUGCCACUGGAGGCCAAGGCCGAUUCGGUCAAGCACGUGCCGACCUCGGACGGCGGCCUCGAGCACACCGAGGCGGUAUUUGCCCCACCGCGCGAGUGGCUGCGGCGCGUGCGCCUCGGCGAGAUUGUGCUCUUUCCGCCGCAGAUCUACCUGUUAUCACUGGUGGCUGACCACCUGCAACCCGAGCCUGACGCGGGGCCGAGGGAUCUGUCGGCGGGGCGCGAGUCGCUCGUGUCCUACCUGAAAGCCACGCCCGAGGACGGCGUGCCCUGGGCGGACAAGGUCAUCACGCCCGAGGUCACGGCGCUGCCCGACGAUGUGGAUUCCGAAUCUGCGGGGGUCUGGAGGGGCAAGGUGAUCCUCAGUCUGACGAAGCCGAAAGGUGUCACGGACAAGGUUGUAUUGGUGGAUUUCCAGAGGGCAGGGCCGAUGUAUGGUGAAGUGGCUGCGCGAGAUGAGAUCCUCAAGCGACCAGCGAUGAAGGAGAAGCUCUAG